UGCGCUAAGGAGGAGGCAGAGGAAGGAUUGGGGAGCGCGACAGACACUCACACAGAGCCGGGAGUGAGAGCAACACGCACCGCUACUCAGGCCCCGCCGCACCGCUCCCCCACCCGGACCGAGUCUCCGGGACAUGCUGCUGGGAUAGGGAGGGGAGCCGGCAGGGAGGGGAGGACGACACGUCAGGGAUCGGGGCCUCCCCUCCCCACAGCCCGUACAGACAAGCGCCGAGCAGCUCAGGCCUCUCCGGCGGCGGAAGAAUCGGAACAUGUCCGGGAAAAUCGAGAAAUCAGACAGCCAGCGUUCCCACCUCUCCUCUUUCACCAUGAAGCUCAAGGACAAGUUCCAUUCCCCCAAAAUCAAGCGCACGCCAUCCAAGAAGGGGAAGCCAGCCGACCUCACCGUAAAAACAGAGGAGAAACCAGUCAACAAAACCUUAAGCCGCUUAGAGGAACAGGAGAAAGAAGUCGUCAAUGCCCUGCGUUACUUUAAGACCAUUGUUGACAAGAUGGCGGUAGAUAAGAUGGUGCUGGUGAUGCUGCCAGGAUCGGCGAGCAAAGUGCUGGAAGCCAUAUUGCCAUUAGUGCAAAUGGAUACCCGUUGUCAAGAAAGCACCGCCAUCUCCUCUUGCUACAGCCGCGUAUAUCAAUCCCUCGCCAAUCUGAUUCGCUGGUCUGACCAGGUAAUGCUGGAAGGCGUCAACUCGGAGGACAAGGAGAUGGUCACCACAGUCAAAGACGUGAUAAAGGCCGUCCUGGACGGUGUGAAGGAACUGGUGCGUCUGAUGAUCGAGAAACAGGAGCACCCAUCUGCCACUGCAAAACCCAGCUUACCAGCGUGCAAAACGGACAGCACCGCAGAAUUGCCCUUAUCCGAGCGUGAGCUGGAAAUCCUUAACAAGAACUCUGAGCCCACGUGCAAGGAAGUCCAUGUAGACAGUUUGGAGAGUGAAGAGUUGGCGCCGCCAAAGCCCCCGCUACCAGGAAUCAGAGUAAUGGAUAACAGCCCUCCACCUGCUUUGCCCCCAAAGAAAAGACAAUCUGCACCUUCACCCACCCGGGUGGCCGUGGUAGCACCCAUGAGCCGCGCUACAAGUGGCUCCAGCUUGCCCGUCGGAAUUAAUGCCCAGGAUUUUGAAGUGGAUUGCUACGUGCAUCGCAGGUUAUCCGGUGGGAGUCAGUCGUACGGGGGGGAGUCGCCGCGCCUCUCUCCCUGCAGCAGUAUGGGGAAACUCAGCAAAUCGGAUGAGCAUCUCUCUUCGCUGGACAGAGACAGCGGCCAAUGCUCCCGAAACACCAGCUGUGAAACUCUAGAUAACUAUGACCCAGACUAUGAAUUCCUGCAACAGGACCUCUCCAGCACCGACCAAGUGCCGGGCCAUGGAAACACUCUCAGCCCUCUCCCAGAAUCCCUAGAGUCUGCCUCCCCCUUUCAAGGACAAAGCUUCCAGAUACCCGCCGGCAACAUCCCAAAUUCAGAGCCGACUCCGCAUUCGGUUGUAGAAACCCCACCUGCCCUACCUGAGAAGAAAAGGAGGAGUACGACCCCUCAGGCUUCGGACGGUAUCCGAGGAUGCUAUGAAAGGCACCCCUCUCAGUACGAUAACAUCUGUGAAGAUGACAUGUCCGCAUUUGUCGGUGCUUCUCUGCCUCCCUUUGCCGCCAUCUCUCCUUUCCAGCAAGGAACCGCUUCUCAGGCCGAAUUCCUGGGGGAUUUUGUUGCAGCAGAGUCUGAUGGGAUCCCAGAGAGUCCUCCUCCGCUCCCUGAGAAGAAGAACAAACAUAUGAUGACGUACAUGCGCUUCGUAGAAGACUAUUCAGAACCGCAGCCGUCCGUCUUCUACCAAACCCCACAGAACGAGCACAUCUACCAGCAGAAGAACAAACAUCUCCGCGAGGUUUACGGCUUCAACGACUCGUUCAGCAGCCCCGAACCUGGCCACGAGCGCGCCCCGCCCCCUGCCUUACCCCCAAAGCAAAGGCAAUUGCAGGGCUCCUUUGCUGCCUCUUCCUUCUCUUCUGUUGAGUUCUGUGCACAGACAGCCAAAGGGGUCUUCCCACCCGAGGACACCAGCCACCCUCAGGGCAUCAGUCUGUCCGUCUCUAACUGCUUUCUGAGCCGCCACGGCUCCUUUCCUGUGCCUUCGUACAAAUCUGUUUUCCGCUCCUACUCCCAGGAUUUUGCUUCUCAUAACCAGGCCCCGCCCCGUCUGGCCCCUGCCAUUUUCUACUCCUCCCGCUUCUCCCCUGUGCUCUCCGACUCCACCUCUUCUCCCCCUGCCACGCCCCAAGUACCCCUCUUCCCCCCCUUACCUCCCUCUCAGGGUGGCAGCUCCUGCGGGACCCCACCUGCCUGCCUUGCCUUUGAGGCUUCUCUCUCCGGCACCCUGCAGACAUCAGCGAGUGAAAAUGCCAACGAGGAGGCGGGCGAGGGGGAAUACGUCAAUCUUUAUUCCUCUGGGCAAAGCAACGGAGAGCCUCUUCCCUGCAGUGGUGAUUCUCCUUUACCCAAUGAAGAACCCGAGCUGAACUGCACCCAACCUUGUCUGCCAGGCAAAGAGAACCACGACGCUUCAGACAGGCCUCCAAAGUCCCCCGAUUGUCACAGUGAUGAGAAUGGCGAGGGGGAAGAGCAAGACGAGAUCGAUGAACUCUCUCUUGUUGACCAUAGCGAGAUUAUGGCUAAACUGACCCUGAAGCAAGAGGGUGAUGAUGGACCGGAUGUGAGAGGCGGCUCAGGGGACAUCUUGCUGGUCCAUGCAACGGAGACCGAUCGGAAAGAUCUUGUCCUGUACUUCGAAGCCUUUCUCACGACGUACCGCACCUUUAUUUCCCCAGAGGAGCUAAUCCAGAAGCUCCAGUACAGAUAUGAGAGGUUCUGUCACUUUCAAGACACUUUCAAGCAGCGUGUGAGCAAGAACACCUUCUUUGUGCUGGUGAGAGUGGUGGAUGAGUUAUGCUUGGUCGAGAUGACUGACGAGAUCCUGAAGCUGCUGAUGGAACUAGUUUUCCGGCUGGUGUGUAAAGGGGAACUCAGCCUGGCUCGCAUCUUGCGUAAGAACAUUCUGGAGAAGGUGGAAAAUAAGAGGAUGCUGCACCACGCCAAUUCUGCACUUAAACCCUUGGCUGCCAGAGGAGUAGCCGCAAGGCCAGGGACGCUCCAUGAUUUCCACAGUCUUGAAAUUGCAGAGCAGCUGACUUUGCUGGAUGCGGAACUCUUCUAUAAAAUAGAGAUUCCUGAGGUUUUGCUGUGGGCAAAAGAGCAAAACGAGGAGAAGAGCCCAAACUUAACUCAGUUCACAGAGCACUUUAACAACAUGUCCUACUGGGUCCGAUCCAUCAUCAUGAUUCAGGAGAAAGCCCAGGACCGGGAACGAUUGCUGCUUAAAUUCAUUAAAAUUAUGAAGCACCUUCGGAAACUGAACAACUUUAACUCCUACCUUGCCAUCCUGUCUGCACUGGACUCCGCUCCCAUUCGCAGGCUAGAGUGGCAGAAGCAGACGUCAGAGGGCCUGGCGGAAUACUGCACGUUGAUUGACAGCUCGUCCUCUUUCAGAGCCUACAGAGCAGCGCUGGCUGAGGUCGAACCCCCCUGUAUACCCUACUUAGGCCUGAUCUUGCAGGAUCUCACCUUUGUCCACCUGGGGAACCCCGACCACAUUGAAGGCAAGGUCAACUUCUCCAAGCGCUGGCAGCAGUUUAACAUUUUGGAUAGCAUGCGGCGAUUCCAGCAAGUGCAUUACGAGAUCCGCCGCAAUGAUGACAUCAUCAACUUCUUCAACGACUUCAUCGAUCACCUGGCGGAGGAGGCCCUGUGGGAACUGUCCCUAAAGAUCAAACCUCGCAACAUCACCAGGCGCAAAACAGAAAGGGACGAGAAGACUUAAGGCGGUGCCAAAAAAACUAAAAUAAUAAAAGCCAGAGACUGACGAGCGGAAACCGCAACAGAAUCCGUUGUAGAGCGCAAACGUUUCAAGAGUGGGAGGGUCUAAAGGGCUUGUUUACCAUGAACUUCACCCAGCUCUUUGCUGACUCCUCCCACAGCCAUGGGUUGCUCCACCCCGUGUUCUCCUUUUUGUCUCGUGAGAUUUUUUAUUUUUAUUUUUGGUUUUGUGCCAUCUCCUAACUGUCAGUGUCAGGAAAAACUCUGUGCCAUGUCUCCGUGGAAAUAUCCCGCCAACCCAGGCAUUUUAGGGUUAAAACAAUAAAAACAUGGGGUUUGUGAUGUCACCAAUGACUUUCCUGGGAAGAAAAAUGACAAUCACAAACUAGUAAAAAAACUUGCACCCUAAAGAGCCGCUUAAUGUGCAACCUUGAAGUUUUCUUCUUUGUUCCCCCAAACUCUGCCCCCCCCCAGCAAUGCCAUUACCAGUCUGUCCAGUAGAGGGCAGUGUAUACAUUUCAUGUAAAUAUCCGUAUUCUGCCUUGAGGGGGGGGAUCCAUGUGAUUUUAAUUAUUAUUUUUUAUUAUGCCCUUGCAUGACCGUUAUACAGAGACUGAGAAGGGGAAUUGUACAUAGAGGAGCAAAUUCCCACAACAUGGACUUGUGUUUUAAGUGAAGGGAAUUAUGGGAAGUGGAGACACAGGAUAAACAUGUCUCAAUGGUCAAAAUAAAUGUUUUAAACAUA